AUGUUUGCGAGGGAAAAUGGCUUUGUCGCAGUGCUCCAGGAAGAUGACAUGCUGGAAGAGGAGAAGGAUUCAAAGAGUACAGCCUCCAGUUUCCGUUUUAAGGUGUACACUAUGCAAAUAGGUCAUCUGACUCUGAAAGUUUCACCAGGGGACAUAACCAAAGAAAAAACUGAUGCAAUCGUCAACUCCUCGAAUAAGAAUUUUACUUUAAAAUCAGGGGUAUCCAAAGCGAUUUUAGAUGGUGCUGGAUCACAAGUAGAAAAGGAGUUAUCAAAAAUGGCUAAAGAUACAAAUGACGAGGAAACAGAGAUUGUGACCUCGUCUGGCAAUCUCCCAUGUAAAAAAAUCAUACACAUUGUUGGAUGUAAUAGCCCAGAUGAUAUUCAGGAAAAAGUUUUGUCUGCUCUGAUGUUAUGUGAGAACCACAAAUUUUCCUCUGUUGCCUUUCCAGCUCUAGGCACAGCUCAAACUUUGCCUUUACACUGGGAGGACAUGAAAGGACAGUCAGUUGUUCUUGUAAAAGUCACAGCAGGCUCAGAGGAAUUUACAGAUGUGGAAAAAGAGUUCAGAAAAACUGGACAAUCCAACAAUAUCAUUAAAAUUGAAAGAGUUCAGAACAGCGCACUUUGGAAAAACUACAUGAUCAAAAGAGAUCACGGCUUCAAUCGCAGCUUUGCUGGCAUGAAUGGAGCCAUAUAUGGGAAAGGUACAUAUUUUGCUGUGGACCCAAGUUACUCAGCCAAAAACUACUCUAAACCUGAUGCCAAAGGACAUAAACGCAUGUACCUUGCCAGAGUGCUUGUUGGUGACUUCACUCAAGGAAAAAAAGGCCUUGUUACUCCUCCAAAAAGGAAGUCAAAAGGUGUUCAUCUUUAUGACAGUGUGACAGAUAAAAUUAAAAACCCAUCCAUGUUUGUGAUCUUUAAUGAUGUACAGGCUUACCCAGAAUACUUAAUCACAUUCCGGAAGAAAUGA